UUCGAUUAAUCACGUACAGUAACGGGUUCUUUGAUUCUUCUUUGUGCAAUCCGAGCAGAAGAAAGGUGGUUUUCUUUCCUGUGCGCAUCUACAACUUACUUUAACGUUUUUCCUGCAUUUUCACCCCAUCAUUUUGCCCUCUUUUAACCAUUCAUAUUCAUCUUUUCUAUUUUCCUUUCCAAAGUGCUAUUUUCCACCAACAAUUAAUUUUCCUUCUGUCUCCCACGCGCCUUUUAUUUCUUGUCUCUACCUCAUUAUUGUGUUCGUCUAAUUGCUCCAAAGUGAUUUUCUGCAGGUGCAAUGAAUCCAAGUGUAAAUGCUCAUGGCGGCGGCGCUGCGCGUCAUAUUCGCUAUACAAUUCCCGAACUGAUAAUCAUUGGGGAGUCUGUGGAGUCUCAUCGGCGCCCAGCUUGCUUCAACGCCACCCCAAUUGGCUCUACUGCUCGUUUGGUGUGGAGGCAGCGCGAAGAAUCCUCUCGGGCUGAGGUGGAAAAGACUAAGAAGACGAAUGGGGCGGAUAGGGCAGAUCGCCGCAUUGGCAGUGGCCGAUUUGUUGAUCACGAAGCUUUCUGGGACAACAAGAUGGCCGAUGACGUGGAGAUCGAGCUCUUUGGGCAGCGAAGCAGUGCUCCAUGGCAGCCUCUCGUGCGCAGGGAGCGAGCGGACAGAUGGGGAGUUGGCAAUCGCAAUUCUACUGGAUUUUUUGAUGUCAAGAAUCGCCGUGAUUCUUUCCGGAGAAAUCCUCGGGACUACGACACGGAGCCUGAAUGGCUCAGCGGCGGACCGACAUCAAAAUUCGACAUGGUUGAGCUCCAUGGGUUCGAUGAUGCUCCUAAUCAGACGGUCAAGCAUGAUGACCAACCGACUGUGUCGAGCAGCACCCCAGUGAAGUUGAAGACGGGAUCGCCUACUCCAGAAGAGGGCAGUGGAUCACGCUUCAGCCAAUGGUUGCCGAAACCUCACGAUUCAUUCGAUAGUCACCGCUUCUCGCUCUACAACGAUCUGGAGAACAUUAUGAAUGAUUCAUCCACUGAUGCCUGUGAGGGUGCAUCUAACAAGAACUGCGCACCACCACUGAUCACCGUGAAUGGUAACGAUGUGCCGAGCAGCGUGAAGGAGUUCCUACAGAAGGCCAAUGUUGGCACCUCAGCACGUGGGGGUAUAGCCAAGCAAAGGAUCGUGAGUGUAAAAGAUUUAGAGGUGUCACUGAGGGAUUGUGCUUUCAACGAGAAGCCAGUCAAUGCUAAGGACAUGGAUGUGUUCAAGAACUUCGUGGCAAAUAUGCCCAAUGAUCAGUUGGGCGCCAAGGCGGCAGAGCCGUUCUUCUUCCAUGCAAAAUCAUCUCUGGGACCGUAUGUGGAGUUGCUGCAGAGAGUAAUUUUGCACGGAGAGACUCAGUUGAAUCGUCAGGAGUUGCUCAACACUUCCGAAGGACAGGAGCAUCUUCAGGCUCUCCUGCGUGGUGAGUUGUCUGUGUACAACUUGCUGAAUCAUUUGCAGUUUGUAAGCCCAGGACGUGAGCAGGAAAUCCUCAUUGCUGUCAUCUUUGCCUUCAGCCAAACAUCUCAACUUGCCACUCUACCUCGUGCAUCCUUCCAGAUGCCUUUCUUCCAAAAUGGCCCACCAUUCAACCCAAUGGGAGGUCAAAUGUUCCAUCCUCCGCCUCAGAAUCCAAUUGGACUGCUUGCAAACGGAAAACCACAACGUAUGCCAUCGCCUCGUGAACUCCACCUCCACACGCAGUCCAUCAUGCAUAAUGCACUGAUGAGGAAGAGAUUCGAGGAUCAGCUGAGUGGACACGUGAGGAAGCAAAAUGCUGGUGCGGGAAAUCGUGGACAGUCAUCUAGCAACGCUUCUCUAAUGUUUAAUAUGCGGGGUGGGCGAGAGGCUGAAGUUAAACCGCCUAAGAAAAGUGGGGCACCUAUCAUUUGAUAUUUUAUGAUAAUGCUAUUGGGCCGCAAAUGGGCCUCACUCUUCUUGUCAUCAUUUGAGCAUUGAGCAAAGAAAAUAAUAAUUUGCA